AUGGCUACGAAAGAGAAGUCGACCGGGCUUCGCCAAAAGUUUAUAAACAAAACGUUUAAUUCAUCCAGCGUCGACUCCACCGCGGUUGAAGAAAAACUGUUCAGCGGCGGAGUCGACGAAGAAGAGGACGGACCCGUGGUGUUCUUCUGCGUGAAGUGCAGGUUACCUGUGGGGGAUUCUCUGUCCUGGGACGGAGUUGAAGAUGGACAGAACCAAAUAAGACUAAAGCGGGUGACUGACAAUGUCCUGAUUGGAAAAGAAACUCGUCAGCUUGAAAUGAGCAAACAGUCUCAUUGUUUGAUUGUGGAUCUUAUCUGUCGAGGCUGCCGCUCCGUGCUCGGCAUGAUUUACACGUCUACUCCAAGGAACAUGGACAACAUGAGGUUUACUUUCUGCAUGAGCGUAGCCAGUAUCGACAGCUAUGAGCUGGGCUCUGCAAAGCAGAUGUUGGCAGCAGAUGUCCCCAAAGAGCAGCCAGUCACUCUGGAGUACAGGGGCGUCGUAGAGCAGCAGCUGACAGAGAUGAAAAUGCUCGUCAUGUCCAUGGCUCAGAGGCUGGAGGAGAUCGAAACUGGCCUUCAGGACGAAUGUGAUGACAGCGAUGGACGUUAAACUCGCACCCAAAGGUGCUCUUUCCAGCCGUUGCUGUGUGCAUUUAACGUUCAUAUCUUUACAUUAAUGCUUCUUUCCAAAGGUUCACCUCAACCACAUUUUUCAAACGGAACAUUUUGUCCCAGUUUCACCUGGUUCACACACCUGCAUUCACUUGGCUUUGUCCUGAUUACUAGCAGCGAAACAAAGACUCCCUGUGCUUGUAAUCAAUCAUGUUGCCGGCUCGGUUCUCGUGGCGCUGUCGCUCCGUGGCUUUCAGUUCAGAACGAAGCGAGCGCCAUUUAUUUGUUCAGAGUUUCAUCAAGCAGGCUGCACACUCAGCACAACGCUGUAUCGAUCUGCCCACCGGAGGCCACACACACACACACACACGUUUUUCUUUACGUGUAGCAUUUAAGGUGUCUUGUUGCCACUAGAACUGAUAAUACGUGAAGAAUUUGUGUUAAAACUUUACGAAAGGAAAUUGUUUUUGUUUUUCAAUCCAUCAGAUGGGCA